UUCUCAAAAUAUUUGUUUCCAAAUAGUAUUACUAACCUUACUUGACAGUCUUUACAAAGAGCGUGUUUGGUCCUAAUCCUUCUCUAACUGCUCCGUACAGAACAAUGUCUUUACAGAGGCAACUUCUCAAGAGAGUCUUCGAUAGAGCUUCAAGUUCCUCCGGGAUCCAUCGGCCUGCCACCUCCUUCCACCGCUCCGAUUACUCCACCUCGUCUCCGCCGCAGAUUCCCCCGUUCGAUUACCAACCGCAGCCCUACAAUGGUCCUUCCGCAGAUGAUGUCUUCAAGAAACGGAAGAAGUUUCUCGGACCUUCUCUUUUCCAUUUCUACCAAAAGCCUCUCAACAUCGUUGAAGGGAAGAUGCAGUACUUGUUCGAUGAAACCGGUAGGCGUUAUCUGGACGCCUUUGCUGGAAUAGUCACUGUCUCGUGCGGUCACUGCCAUCCCGACAUACUCAACGCUAUUAACGAACAGAGCAAGCUUCUUCAGCACGCAACCACCAUAUACCUACAUCACGCCAUAGGAGAUUUCGCCGAAGCAUUAGCUGCCAAGAUGCCUGGAAACCUAAAGGUUGUGUACUUUGUAAAUUCUGGCUCAGAAGCUAAUGAGUUAGCAAUGAUGAUGGCUAGGCUUUAUACUGGGAGCCUUGAGAUGAUUUCAUUGAGAAAUGCUUAUCAUGGUGGAAGUUCUAAUACUAUUGGAUUAACAGCUCUUAACACAUGGAAGUACCCUUUACCACAGGGGGAGAUCCAUCAUGUUGUGAAUCCAGAUCCAUACCGCGGAGUAUUUGGUUCUGAUGGUUCUAUGUAUGCUAAAGAUGUCCAAGACCAUAUUGACUAUGGUACUUCUGGAAAAGUGGCUGGAUUUAUUGCAGAGACCAUCCAGGGGGUGGGAGGAGCUGUAGAAUUGGCUCCUGGUUACUUAAAGUCGGUUUAUGACAUUGUACGCAAAGCUGGUGGUGUAUGCAUAGCCGAUGAAGUCCAAACUGGAUUUGGCAGGACAGGAAGUCACUACUGGGGUUUUCAGACACAAGAUGUAGUACCGGACAUAGUCACAAUGGCAAAGGGAAUUGGAAAUGGAUUGCCAUUAGGAGCUGUGGUGACUACACCAGAGAUUGCGAGCGUUUUAGCUACAAAGAUUCAGUUCAACACUUUUGGUGGAAACCCGGUGUGUUCAGCUGGUGGACUUGCUGUUCUAAACGUUAUUGACAAGGAGAGACGCCAAACACAUUGUGCUGAAGUUGGUUCGCACCUAAUUCAACGUUUGAAAGAUCUGCAGAAAAGACAUGAUAUUAUUGGAGAUGUGAGAGGGAGAGGAUUAAUGGUUGGGAUAGAGCUUGUGACUGACCGGAAGGAGAAGACACCAGCCAAGGCUGAAACAGCUGUCUUGUUUGAGCAGCUUAGAGAACUUGGCAUACUCGUUGGAAAGGGAGGGCUUCAUGGGAAUGUUUUCAGGAUAAAACCACCAAUGUGUUUCACCAAAGACGAUGCAGAUUUCUUGGUAGAUGCAAUGGACUAUUCCAUCUCCAAAUUGUGAUGAAAGCUUUUAAGGAUUGUGCGAUCUGUUUUAAUGUUCUUUUUUUCAUUCUCUUCCUUUAAUGAACCGAUCCAACUCUAUCCUCCUUUGAUUCCCAAAAUAAAUAAAAUAGACUGCAAACAUUUUUUAAAAAUUCUUCUUUAUGUAGUAAAGUUUUUUCAUUAUAAAAAAAAAAUGUUUGCUCAUCUUCA